AAAUCGGUAAAUACAAAACCCUAGAACUAUUUCCCAAAUCUGAUAUUUUUCUCUCGAGAAUUUCCGAUAACCUGAUCCUGCGUCGAAUCGCCGGGAGAAUCAAUUCGCGAAAGCCAAGAUGGUGUUGGCGGAGCUUGGUGGGCGGAUUACCCGCGCCAUACAGCAGAUGAGCAAUGCCACGAUCAUCGAUGAGAAGGUUCUGAACGAGUGCUUGAACGAGAUUACUCGCGCUCUGCUUCAGUCCGAUGUUUCGUUUCCCCUCGUUAAGGAGAUGCAGACCAAUAUCAAGAAGAUCGUCAACCUCGACGAUCUCGCCGCAGGCCACAACAAGCGUAGGAUCAUUCAACAGGCUAUCUUCAAUGAGCUUUGUAAGAUGCUUGAUCCAGGAAAACCUGCAUUCGCCCCUAAAAAGGGUAAACCCAGUAUAGUCAUGUUCGUCGGUUUACAAGGUGCUGGAAAAACCACAACAUGUACCAAGUAUGCUUACUAUCAUCAGAAGAAGGGCUAUAAGCCAGCUCUGGUGUGUGCCGAUACUUUCAGGGCUGGUGCUUUUGAUCAGCUGAAACAGAAUGCUACCAAAGCUAAGAUCCCAUUUUAUGGAAGCUACACAGAAUCAGAUCCUGUGAGAAUUGCUGCUGAAGGAGUGGAAAGAUUCAAGAAAGAAAACUGUGAUCUUAUCAUCGUGGACACCAGUGGUCGCCAUAAACAGGAAGCUGCUCUUUUUGAAGAAAUGCGUCAAGUUGCUGAAGCAACGAAACCAGAUCUUGUUAUAUUUGUCAUGGACAGCAGUAUUGGUCAAGCUGCAUUUGAUCAAGCUCAAGCGUUCAAGCAAAGUGUUGCUGUAGGAGCUGUUAUAGUUACUAAGAUGGAUGGCCAUGCAAAGGGUGGUGGUGCUCUCAGUGCUGUUGCAGCAACAAAAAGUCCCGUCAUAUUCAUCGGAACGGGAGAGCAUAUGGAUGAAUUUGAAGUCUUUGAUGUUAAACCGUUUGUCAGCCGUCUCUUGGGGAUGGGUGAUUGGUCGGGAUUCAUGGAUAAAAUUCAUGAGGUGGUGCCUAAAGAUCAACAGCCUCAACUUCUGGAAAAGCUAUCGCAGGGUAACUUUACACUGAGAAUAAUGUAUGAACAGUUCCAGAACAUACUCAACAUGGGCCCGAUUGGUCAGGUAUUUUCUAUGCUUCCCGGAUUUAGUGCGGAAUUGAUGCCAAAAGGGCAUGAGAAAGAAAGCCAGGCGAAGAUAAAGCGCUACAUGACGAUGAUGGACUCAAUGACAAAUGAAGAGCUGGACAGCUCAAACCCGAAGGUGUUCAACGAGUCGAGGAUGAUGAGGAUAGCGAGAGGGUCGGGGAGACACAUAAGGGAAGUGAUGGAUAUGCUGGAAGAGUACAAGAGGCUGGCGAAGAUAUGGAGCAACAUGAAAGGGCUGAAGAUACCGAAGAAGGGAGACAUGAGCGCGUUGUCGAGGAACAUGAACGCGCAGCACAUGAGCAAGGUCCUUCCACCUCACAUGCUCAAACAGAUCGGCGGCAUGGGCGGUCUCCAGAGUCUCAUGAAGCAGAUGGGUUCGGCCAAAGACAUGAUGGGUAUGUUCGGCGGCGGCGACAAGUAGAUCUCUCUCUCCCCCUCUCACAUCCACUCUGUUAUUUAUUUGCUCUUCAUACCAAGAGGUUAUAAUUCAGGACAGAACAGUUGUUACAUAAAUGUCGCUCUUUUGGACUCGGAUCAUAAUCACCCGUUGUUUAUAUGAUUUUUGAUUAGUUGUGCCU